AUGGACCGAUCCCGCACCUGGUACGAGGAGGAGUUUCCUCUUCACUCUGAGGAACCGCUAGACACUGAAGAUCGAGUUCCCAGUCAGAGAGACCCGUUGUUCCACAGCAGCGAUGAACCUGUUUGCUACUCUCCACGACCACUCUCGCCGCUCCCUGCUUCUGCUCCUGGCCCUGACUCCGACGUCCUGGCCACUUCUUUCACCCCGCCCGGCCACAGGCUCUCGCACUCGCACACGCACUCUAGAGCUCAGAGUCAGCGUCAGCUUUUCCCAGGAAUGUCCUAUCCCAACCCCAACUCGGAAGCCGGUAGUGGCGGCGGCAGGGGAUUGCGUCGGUGGCCCACUCGCAGAGUUGAUUUGAUCAAGGGGAGGGUCUUGAGCGUCGACUAUCCGGUUCCGAGUGCGAUCUUGAACUCAGUCGAGCCGCAGUAUCGUGACUCGGCGAGCAGUUCGGAGGAAUUUACCCAUCUGCGAUAUACGGCUGCUACCUGCGACCCGGACGACUUCACGCUCCGCAAUGGGUACAAUCUCCGCGCCUCCAUGUACAAUCGGUAUACGGAGUUGCUUAUUGCCAUCACAUACUAUAAUGAAGACAAGGUCCUCACGGCACGGACGCUUCACGGAGUCAUGCAAAAUAUCCGGGAUAUUGUCAACUUGAAGAAAACACAGUUCUGGAAUAAGGGAGGGCCGGCAUGGCAGAAGAUCGUGGUCUGCCUGGUGUUCGAUGGAAUCAGUCCGUGCGAUAAGGAGACCCUGGACGUGCUGGCGACGGUGGGGAUCUACCAAGACGGAAUUAUGAAACAUGAUAUCGAUGGGAAAGAGACAACGGCGCAUAUUUUCGAAUACACCACGCAGCUAUCAAUCACGCCUUCACUCCAACUCGUGCGCCCCCAGCGUGAUGACCCAACGAACCUGCCUCCAGUGCAGAUGAUCUUUUGUCUGAAACAGAAGAACAGCAAGAAGAUCAAUUCUCACCGCUGGCUCUUCAACGCUUUCGGCCGUAUCCUGAACCCGGAGGUCUGUGUCCUUAUUGAUGCCGGCACAAAACCAGGUCAUAAAUCCCUCCUGGCUCUCUGGGAAGCCUUUUAUAACAACAAGAACCUUGGCGGCGCCUGCGGCGAAAUCCAUGCCCUACUCGGGCCUCGCUGGGAGAAGCUCGCGAAUCCACUGGUUGCAGCUCAAAAUUUCGAGUAUAAAAUCUCAAACAUCCUCGAUAAACCGCUUGAAAGUAUGUUUGGGUAUGUGAGCGUCUUGCCCGGCGCGUUUUCCGCCUAUCGUUACAGGGCUAUUAUGGGAAGGCCGCUGGAACAGUACUUUCAUGGAGACCAUACGCUAUCAAAGAGAUUGGGAAAGAAGGGGAUUGAAGGGAUGAAUAUUUUUAAGAAGAAUAUGUUUCUGGCCGAGGAUCGCAUCUUGUGCUUUGAGCUUGUCGCCAAGGCAGGGCAGAAAUGGACAUUGAGUUAUGUGAAGGCGUCGAAAGGAGAGACAGAUGUUCCAGAGGGUACGUACCGUCCUUUCAGAGCUAAUAAAAUACUAAUUAUGUUGUGCACAGCACCACCCGAGUUCCUAAGUCAACGACGCAGAUGGCUCAAUGGAUCGUUUGCAGCGAGCUUGUACUCGGUGAUGCACUUUGCACGUAUCUACAAGAGCGGGCAUAACAUGGUCAGACUCUUCUUUUUGCACGUUCAAUUGUUAUACAAUGUUUGUCAGCUCAUCAUGACGUGGUUCUCACUCGCGUCGUACUGGCUCACUACCUCGGUCAUCAUGGAUAUUGUCGGGACACCCAGCGCAACGAACAAAUACAAAGGUUGGCCGUUUGGAAAUGAAGUCUCGCCUAUUUUCAACAAUGUUGUCAAAGUCCUGUAUCUCGUCUUUCUCAUGCACCAGUUCUUCCUUGCCUUGGGCAAUCGUCCAAAGGGCUCGCAAUUCGCCUACAUCCUGUCCUUCCUAUACUUCUCUCUCGUGCAAAUAUAUAUCCUCAUCCUCUCUUUCUACCUUGUCGCCCAAGCCUUUUCCGGUGGCAACAUCGACCUCGACUUCGACCAUGGCGUCGGCGGCUUCUUCGCCUCAUUUUUCACCUCCACCACCGGCCUGGUCCUAGUCGCCCUUGCCUCAACCUACGGUACCUAUUUUAUCGGCAGUAUCCUCUACUGCGAUCCGUGGCAUCUGAUCACCUCUUCCUGGGCAUAUUUCAUUGGCAUGCCGAGCACAAUCAACAUCCUCAACGUCUACGCGUUCUGUAACUGGCACGAUGUUUCUUGGGGAACGAAAGGAUCCGACAACGCAGCUGCAUCGCUCCCAUCCGCGCAAACAAAGAAAGCUCCCGGUGGUGGAGAUGGUGACGCAAAGGGGACCUUCGUCGAAGAGCUCGACAAGCCGCAAGCUGACAUCGAUACCGAGUUCGAAUUCACGGUCCGCCGCGCGCUUGCCGAGUACAAGGAACCUGAGCCUGAUAAAACGGUCUCCCUGGACGACAGCUACAAGACGUUCCGCACGAACCUGGUGCUUACUUGGGCGUUGAGUAACUCGUUGCUGGCGCUGUUGAUUAAUAACGCCGGGGUUAGUACGUUGUGUUUGACGACGACAUCAACGGUCCGGACGGCGUGGUACUUUAAGUGUCUGCUCUGGGCAACGUCAGGACUGUCGAUCUUCAGGUUCGCUGGGGCGCUGUAUUUCCUGGCGAAGACGGGGGUGCUGUGCUGCUUUGUGAGAAGAUGA